GAAAGGGCCAGAGAAAAACAAUCUGGUUCCAACUUGUGUAAUGUGAUCUCCUUUCUAGGGUGGGCGUGGAGGUGGAGCUGUGUAAAAGGACAAUUGUGAAUGUAGUGGGAAAUAGAAUGUAAAGUAUGUUUCUUUGCUCAGCUCCUUCAUGUUGUGGUGAAAUGUGGCCUUUCCAGAUUGGAGUGAAUUUGAAAGAUAGAUGUCCAUGUAUUUUUCAGAAUUUUUGCCUGAGCAACUUAUAGAACAGCAGGUAGAACAGUACUAUGGUGGAACUGAUGGAAGAAGACUGACACAGAGGAGUCUGUUUCUGCAAGUAGCCUGUAGUGUUGUUUUUUGCUUGUUUAUUAUUACUAAAGUGCCUAAAAUCUGUUAGUAAAGGAGUUUUGUCAUUUUUUUAGAGAUGGUCACAAGUUUCACUGUUUUUGUGAUUUUAGUGAAUUAAUUAAGUUAUCAAAAGAAUAAGUUUUUGACCUUCAGUUUUGUCCAAUGUCUAGGGAAAAGUUACACUAAUCCCAAAUACACAAUAUUGUUAAUAACAGGAUACAGCAUAUAAAAAUACAAUAUAUGUUUGAAAUAGAUAUGGAGCAGAAAGUUCUUCACGAGAACUUCAUUCUAAUCUGUGUCAAUGCAAAGUACAGUUCCCUGGAAGAAAUGUUUGUGAAUAGCUCUUUGAUCAUCCUCGUAUAGCUGUCUUCCCAGAGGUAAUAAGGUCCAUGGCUGCUAUGAGACUUCGGGGACUAACAUCUUCUAAACUUUAUCAACGCCGGCAAGAUCGUCUGAGUGGCACAGGGAAAGAGAGGGCAGCUGGGAUAUUUGGUAACAUGUCAGAUGCCCUUGCAAAUGCUGUGUGUGAACGUUGUCAGUCCCGCUUUGAUCCAACGGAGCGAAUUGUGAACAGCAAUGGGGAGCUGUAUCAUGAAAACUGCUUUGUCUGUGCUCAGUGCUUCCGUCAGUUUCCAGAGGGACUUUUUUAUGAGUUUGAAGGAAGAAAGUACUGCGAACAUGAUUUCCAGAUGCUCUUUGCACCCUGCUGUGGGGAAUGUGGUGAGUUCAUCAUUGGCCGUGUUAUCAAGGCAAUGAACAACAACUGGCAUCCAGAAUGCUUUCGUUGUGAGAUCUGUGAUGUGGCUCUUGCUGAUUUGGGCUUUGUGAAGAAUGCUGGCAGGCAUCUCUGCAGGCCUUGCCAUAAUCGUGAGAAAGCCAAGGGCCUGGGCAAGUAUAUUUGCCAGAAAUGCCACUUGAUAAUCGAUGAGCAGCCUCUGAUGUUCAGGAAUGACUCCUAUCAUCCAGAUCACUUCAGCUGCACCCACUGUGGGAAAGAGCUGACGGCUGAUGCUAGGGAGCUGAAGGGGGAGCUCUAUUGCCUGCCAUGCCAUGACAAGAUGGGCAUCCCAAUCUGUGGAGCCUGUCGCAGGCCAAUUGAAGGUCGAGUGGUCAAUGCUCUGGGGAAGCAAUGGCAUGUGGAGCAUUUUGUUUGUGCCAAAUGUGAGAAGCCAUUCCUAGGACACCGGCACUAUGAGAAAAAGGGUCUGGCUUACUGUGAGACUCAUUACAAUCAGCUCUUUGGAGAUGUCUGCUAUAACUGCAGUCAUGUGAUUGAGGGGGAUGUGGUAUCAGCUCUCAACAAGGCUUGGUGUGUGAACUGCUUCUCCUGUUCCACCUGCAACAUCAAGCUCACACUGAAGAAUAAAUUCGUGGAAUUUGACAUGAAGCCAGUGUGCAAGAAAUGCUAUGAGAAAUUUCCUCUGGAGCUAAAGAAACGACUGAAAAAGCUGUCUGAGUUGGCCACAAAGAAAACCCAUCCUAAAGCUCUGGAUUUAAACUCUGCUUAAGCAUUUCUGUGUUUUCUGCUGACUAACCUAUGUUAACCAAGGGCAAAAGAAACUAUAAGAACGGCUUAAAGGACACAAGGCAAGCAAAUGCUAACCAGCAGUAUCUUGCACCAUGAAUGUUUUUCUCACUUGGAAUAUGACAGAGAAACUGAGCUCUUCUUAACAGUUAAGAGAGAUUGUAGUAGCCUUUGUAUAAAGUUAUGUCUUAAGGUUUUCCACCAUUUGUCCCAUUUUUUAAAAAAAACUGAGAUUCAGGUUCAAAA